AUGGAUAACUACAUACAAAACAAUAUCGUGAAAGCGAAAAUUGAAUUAUCAGGUCUUAGUUGUUCUAGUUGUGUUCGAUCAAUCGAGCAAAAUUUAGAGAAAUUGCCAGGAGUCUUGAAGAUAUAUGUAAAUUUGUUGAUGAGUAAUGCUACUUUGGAAUUUGAUCAGACACAGAUUACAAUCGAUCGAAUUACUCAAACUAUUCGAGAUGCUGGGUAUACAGUUGAACAUGUUAACAUCGGCAACAACAAUAAUGACCGUUCUAGUUUUACGUCAAUUAGACAACAAGGCUCAUUAAUAUCUGAAUCUCUAUCAAACUUUGAGGAUAUAUCUAAAGAAAUUUUAAAAAAAUCCUCUGAUGAUACAAUGGUAGAAGAGUAUAACAAUAUAAAUUCAAAAUGCGCUCUGCUUCCACCACCAUUAACAUCAACAAAUUCAACGCGUGCAAUGGCAACCGCACGAUUAGAAAUUACAGGAAUGACGUGUGCAUCAUGUGUUAGUUCAGUACAAACAGCAAUAGAAGGCUUGGACGGAGUGGGAAUUACGCAAGUGAAUUUACUCACCAAUGAAGCAACGGUAAAAUAUAACCCAGAUAUAAUUGGUACGCGUAAUUUAGUUGAAGCAGUCACCGAAGUUGGGUUUGAAGCUAAACUAAUACUGUCGACCACAAAAAAUAAGAAUCCCGGAAAUACGAUACGAGAACGUGCAGAAAAAGAGCAACGACGAUUAAAAGAGCGAUUUAUCCUGUCACUUUGGUUCGCUAUACCCACUUUCAUAAUUUCAAUGAUAUUUAUGACUGCUCUGCCAACCUCCAAUGAAGUACGCAUGGCAUUUAUGAAACAAAUCAUACCGGGAUUAGAAGUGGGAACAUUAAUACUUUUCUUAUUGGCAACACCUGUUCAAUUCUAUCUCGGUGGUCCAUUUUAUGUGAAAGCAUGGAAAUCAUUAUAUUAUGCGCGGAUUGCAAAUAUGGAUACACUGGUGACAAUCGGUACGACAAUCGCGUAUGUCGGAUCAAUUGUGAAUGUUGUUGUCCCGGUAGCAUAUAAGGAUGAUCGACCAAGGCAACAAUUCUUCGAAACUAGUGUUUUAUUAUUCACGUUUAUUUUGCUGGGAAGAUGGAUGGAAGCAAAAGCAAAGGGAAAAACAUUCGAAACUAUAACGAAAUUAAUGGAAUUACUACCAGAUAAAGCAAUUUUGGUGAAAUUUGAUCAAAAUGGAGAAUUUGAUGAUUCGUUUACUGAACAUGAAAUCGAUUCGGAUUUAAUUCAAAGCAAGUUAUUUGAUCCAUAUUAUUAG